AUGGCGGGGUCCUCGGUGAAGGUGGCCGUGAGAGUGCGUCCGUUCAACACCCGAGAAAUCACACGAAACGCCAAAUGUGUCAUUCAGAUGCAAGGGAACUCUACGUGCAUCACUAACCCCAAACAGAACAAAGAUGGAGCCAAGACUUUUACUUUCGACUAUUCCUACUGGUCCCACACAACGGACGAGGACCCCGCCUUCUCCACACAGAAAAAAGUGUACCAAGAUAUUGGAGAGGAAAUGCUGCUUCACGCGUUUGAAGGAUACAAUGUGUGCAUUUUUGCGUACGGCCAGACAGGGGCAGGAAAGAGUUACACCAUGAUGGGCAAGCAGGAGGCGGGGCAGGAGGGCAUCAUUCCUCAGCUGUGUGAAGAACUGUUCCAGAAAACUGGAGAAAAUCAAGAUCCAGAUCUGCAAUAUUCUGUUGAGGUGUCGUACAUGGAGAUCUACUGUGAGCGUGUGAGGGACCUGUUGAACCCCAUGUCUCAGGGGACGCUGAAGGUCCGGGAGCACCCCAUCCUGGGCCCAUACGUCCAGGACCUGUCCAAACUGGCCGUGACCGGAUUUUCGGACAUCCAAGACCUCAUGGAUGCUGGGAACAAAGCCAGAACGGUAGCUGCCACCAACAUGAACGAAACCUCGUCCCGAUCACACGCCGUUUUCACCAUCGUCUUCACACAGAAACGCAGAGACCAGCUGACCGGCCUGGACACGGAGAAGGUGAGUAAGAUCAGCCUGGUGGACUUGGCCGGAAGUGAGCGAGCUGAUUCGUCUGGAGCAAAAGGAACACGACUAAAAGAAGGAGCCAAUAUCAACAAGUCCCUCACGACGCUUGGCAAAGUCAUAUCCGCUUUGGCUGAAAUGCAAGGAACAAAGAAAAGGAAAAGCGACUUCAUUCCCUACAGAGACUCUGUCCUGACCUGGCUCCUCAAGGAAAACUUGGGAGGAAAUUCUCGGACAGCGAUGAUCGCUGCGCUGAGUCCCGCCGAUAUAAACUACGAAGAGACCCUCAGCACACUCAGAUAUGCGGACAGAGCCAAGCAGAUCCGCUGUAACGCCAUCAUCAAUGAAGACCCCAACGCCAAACUGAUCCGAGACCUGAAGAGUGAAGUGGAGCGACUGAGGAGCCUGCUGUGCUCCCAGGGCCUGCACCAACUACUGCACAAUCAAGGAAAGAACGAGAGCUUGACUUGCGCUGAAGAACAAGAACUCCCGACCAAUGGCAUCGAGAUUGAAGAAACUCAAAGUCCCGCCUCCCCAGGGGGCAACUCAUCGAGUGGCAACGCGUCUCUGAACUCUGACAUCCUAUUGGACGGUGAUGCAGAGGGGGAGGAACCAGAAGCAGCAGAGCCAAUCAGCAAAGAGGAAGCAGCGGAGAGACUUAUGGAGACUGAGAAGAUAAUCGCUGAGCUGAACGAGACGUGGGAAGAGAAGCUGAGGAAAACUGAGUCCAUCCGAUUAGAGAGGGAGACGCUGCUGGCCGAGAUGGGUGUGUCCAUAAAAGAAGACGGAGGAACUCUGGGCGUCUUCUCCCCUAAAGGGACUCCUCACUUGGUCAACCUGAACGAAGACCCAUUGAUGUCUGAAUGUUUGAUCUACUACAUCAAAGAGGGAGUGACCAGAGUGGGACAGCAGGACGUAGACAUCAAACUAUCGGGACACUUCAUCAAAGAAAUCCAUUGUGUCUUUGUGAGUGAGACAAACGACAGCGGAGAAGUGGUGGUGACUCUGGAGCCGCUGGUCGGAGCUGAGACCUAUGUGAACGGAAAGCUCAUUACUGAAGGAGUGGAGCUCAAACAGGGGAACCGCGUGGUGAUGGGGAAGAACCACGUGUUUCGCUUCAACCACCCGGAGCAGGCGCGUCUGGACCGCGAGCGCCGCAGUACUGUGCUGCAGCAGAAGGAGGCGCUGGAGGGGCAGAGAGGAGGCAGUCCGGACCCACAGAUGGAGCCCGAGGACUGGACCUACGCUCAGAAGGAGCUGUUGGAGAAGCAAGGGGUGGACCUCAAACAGGACAUGGAGAAGAGACUGCAGGACAUGGAAAGUCAGUAUCGAAAAGAGAAAGAAGAGGCUGAUCUCCUGUUAGAGCAGCACCGACUGUACGCAGACAGUGACAGCGGCGACGACUCGGACAAACGCUCGUGUGAAGAAAGCUGGCGGCUCAUAUCGUCUUUGAGAGAGAAACUUCCAGCCAACAAGGUGCAGACAAUAGUGAAGCGCUGUGGACUCCCCAGCAGUGGUAAACGCCGCGAGCCUCUCAGAGUUUAUCAGAUUCCCCAAAGACGGAGGAUCGGAAAGGACCCCAAACGCCUCACUGUGGACGACCUUCGCAUGCAGGCGGUCAAGGAGAUCUGCUACGAGGUGGCACUGGGCGACUUCCGUCACUCGCGGCAAGAGAUUGAGGCUCUGUCCAUAGUGAAGAUGAAGGAGCUGUUCCGGAUGUACAACAAGAAGGACCAGGCAGAGGGGCAGAGCUGGCGCGUAGUGGCCCAGGACGUGUGCGAUACCGUGGGCAUCGGGGAGGAGCGCGCCCCCUCGACUGAAGAGAGCCCCGGAGCAACUGGAGAAGCAGAGGAACCGGCCAAUCCCAGCGGACUGCAGGGCCUCAAGGCACACAUAGAUAAACUCACAGACAUACUGGAGGAGGUCAAGCUUCAGAACAACGUGAAGGAUGAACAGAUCAAAGCGCUCAGAGACAGAAUGGUCAAAAUGGAGUCCAUCAUCCCUGUGCAGGAUGAAGAAAUGAAUGGGGAAGAAGGAGAACCCAGUCAGGCUGAGGAUGGGGAGGAAUCCACCAGUGCCGUGCCGGAGGUCAGAGUGCAGCGUUUAAUGGAUGAAGACCCUGCCUUCAGGAGAGGGCGCCUCCGCUGGCUCAAACAGGAACAGCAACGGAUUCAGAACCUACAGCAGCAAAACGUCACCAAGAAACUGAGAGGCCAACCCCAAAGCCAAGCUCCUCUUUGCCCCACAGUCCCAAUCCACCUCCCAGGCACAGGCCGCUUCAUCCCACCUCAGGAAUGCAAACUAAAAUUCCCCUUUAAGAGCAACCCUGCCCACCGUUUAUCCUGGGGUCCCGCCACCGCCGCUCUGCAAGCUCUGGGCCUCGCCGACAUCAGCAUCGAGCCGCUAAACGACGAGACAAAAUCGCAACUGAACCCGGAAGUUCCUCCUUUCACCAGCAUGGCCACGGCUUCGACCAAUCCGGCGCCUGGUUUGCUGCCACUUCCUUUCCACGUCCCGCCUCAGAACCCUCCGAGGAUGCGAUCGCCGAGUCCCCACCGCAACUGGCAACCGCGAAAUCCACAACAGCAGGGGGGCUACCAGCAAAACUACAACAACAAUCAGAAGAGGUACAGGCGAAAUUCUUUGGAUAGUCCGCGAAAUUACGAAAACGGUGAGCAGCAACAAAAUGGUGGACAGUAUCAAGGAAGACCAAGAAGGGGCGUGUCUCCGACUCCAGGGCCCAGAGGCGGCGGAGGGGGGAACAUAAACAACGACGACCGGCGCGACUUUCAGUACAACCAAAACAGAUAUCACCAGCAUUACCCCCACCCGUACUACAACCCCCACAAUGCACCAUUCCAGCAGCCCUUUCCAAACUACAACAGCUUGCCGCGCAACGGAGGUCACAAUCAAAAUGGCGGCGGAGGUGGCGGGUGGGGCUUUCAGACUCCUCCACGAAUGAGGCGCCAGUUCAGCGUCCCGGAUCUGCAGAAAGAGACGGCGAACAAAGAGGCGAGCGUGUGA